CUUAGAUUUACUCUGCCUACUGUGGUGGUUCUAUGGGAUUGCCGUCAUGCCACAAUUAACUCAGGCGGCAUUCCAUCCACUAACAUCACCCCGGGUAAGGGUUUCGGGAGUAAGCAGUGGCAGUGGUAGCCAGAACUAUUACCGACCAAUCAGCGAAAAUGAAGGUAAAAGUUGGCGAGUAGGAGCUGAUCACGAUGUCGUCUUCUGAAACUCUGAAGCAUCUUAGAAUGCCUCGAGAAAGAGCACUCAAAGCUCAGCAAGGAGGGGUGCUCCCCGGGCACUUAGACUCAUGGAAAGCUUUUGGCAAUCUGCUGAGGAUCAAGCGGGACGAGGUGACCACUCUGGGUUUAAGGAACACCGGGCCCGGCUUGACUCUCAUAGGCCCUUCCCUCACGGAACUAGAUUGGGACUUGAUAUGGAACGAACUCGAUACUUUGGACCCGAAUAUUCCUUCGACGCUAGAGGCCAAUUUACCGGAAAAUGGACCAGAUAGCCAACAGGAGCACCUGGGCCACUCUCUGGAAAAGCCCACGUCUAAACAGUUACUCCAAGAGGCUCAAAUGGAUUAUCAGUUCAAUGCGAUGUUGCAGCGACAUCAGCCAAAGGGUAUUCCUUCGCCCUUAAGUGGAAUUGAGCCACCCAUCACCCGACUCGAGGCCACACUUGACCAAAGAAAAGAGCCAAAAUACGCUCGACUGGCCGAGCAAUACGUCCAAACCUUUCAACCACAGAUCAGAGGACUUGGAAAAUAUCAGUUUAAUCAAGAUUUCUGGAUGGGUCCAGCGAGGAAAGGAGUCAGCUUCCCGGAGGGUGGUUUGAUCAUCGGCCCCUUGGACCCCAAGGAGACGAUGGCAAUGGCCGUUCCCUUGAACUCAAGUGGAAAUUUAUUUGAAAUCGACGACUUGAACAUGAUGCUUAAAGAGCUUCACAAGUGGAUCAUCCACACUCAUGGCCUCCUGUGCGAGAGAUUCAAGACCGUGGCGUCUGCACAACCUGACCUUGAGAACCUGGAGUUCUGGCUCUUGCGGGAAGUGUUUGUUCCUAAGAAAGGCCUUCCGGUGAUCGGAAGAUUUAGUACUGAGAAACUUGUCGAUAGAACUUUUGGGGCUGUGCAGGAGUGGAUUGUCAAAUACCUUGUUGAAAAGGAAUCAGCCGUGACUACAUCCUUCGCAAUUCUCGCAAUCUGGUUCAAGAACACUUGCACCAAACAAUGGAAAAGAUAUUUCAGAUCGGAUGAUUACUUUUGGGCACAUGCAGCUACGUUACUCCCAGGUGAUAAACCUGAUCUGAUUCCUCAUGUCCACACCCGGACGAAUCGGAAUAAGUUGAGAAUCGGUUGCGCCACCGGCUGGUGCGUGAUGGCAUCGGCCUGUACACCAUCUGGGGGCGUUGCCGGCGAAACGUAUGCAACAGUCUCGUGUUGGGUGCCAGCUGCGGGCGUAAUGGCCAGGUGGUUCAGAAGGAAGUUGAAGAAAUUGCUGAGCUACUUGGACAUUAGCUCGCUUGCAAUCCUCACCACGUUUUCCUCUCUGUUUGGGGCAGCUACUGAACCAUUUUUCCCUCUCUUCGGAACGCUGGACAAGACCAUAGCUGACCUAGCUACAUCCCCCGCCUUUGAUGAAGUCCAGCUUUACCUCCUCAAGGUUUUCCACGACGAGAGUCCUUUCAAGUACUUGGAAGCCGCGCUGACUCUCCUGGGCUAUUGGUUAAAGAAUGAAAACCAAUACUUUUGGGAUGAGCACAUCAAAUCAGACCAAUUUUACUCCCAAUUCAUCAUCUCAGCUCUCCCCAAAAAGUUUACCAACUUACUCAAUGAUCCUCCUCGACAAAGACAACUUUGGUCAAGGGUGCAAACUUCAUGAGACAAUUGUCCUCCAAAAAUUAAAAAAUUCUCA